CGCAAUACUUCGCUAAUGAGACGAAGGUUUACAGUAAAGAAAAGCACGGGUAGAAGAAGAAUCUUUUUCCUCUUCCUGGGAAAACAAACGCGCGGUAGUGACAUUGAAACAUAUUCUUACUAUUUCGGCUCGUUCACAUCAGCUUCUGAAAAGAGCAAAUUAAUUCCUCCACCUGUGGGACACAUUAUUAAACCUCGGUCUAACAGAAGGCCAAGGAUGGCUUUUCCAUGUGUGCGACUGUGCGCUCGACACAAGAGCGCAGGGCUUCAAGUCUGCGGUUAUGCGACACUCAGGAAAGCAUCCGGACCUGAGGAGAAACGCGGCACAGAUCCGGUUUUUCAGUAUGUCGCUCAGCACAAAAAGCCCACUCACAAAGUGUUUGUGUGGGGCUUCAGCUUCACUGGUGCUCUGGGUAUCCCCAGCUUUGUGGUGCCAGACAGCGGCAGGAAGAAGCCCCGCAAAUACCAGCUGACUCCUUACCGGUUGGAGACCGCAGAGCAGAUCUCUUCUGCCGCUUGUGGUUAUGGCUUCACUCUCAUCGCCUCCCCAACCAAAGAUGUUACCAAACUGUGGGGCAUGGGCCUCAACAAGGACUCUCAGCUGGGCUUCCAGCGCACACAACACAGCCGCCAUCAGAGCUAUGACUACGUGUUGGAACCCUCCCCGGUGGCUCUGCCUCUCGUCGAGCCUCUACAGACCCGAGUGCUUCAGGUGGCCUGCGGUCGCGCUCACUCUCUGGUCCUCACCGACAAAGAGGGAGUUUUCAGUAUGGGCAACAAUGCGUACGGUCAGUGUGGACGGCGGAUCGUUGAAGACGAAGUCUACAGCGGCAGUCACGUCAUUCACAAGAUGGAGGGCUUCAGCUGCCGGGUCGUCCAGGUGGCCUGUGGACAGGACCACAGUCUCUUCCUCACAGAGACAGGACAAGUCUUGGCGUGCGGGUGGGGAGCAGAUGGACAGACGGGUCUGGGGCACCACAACAUAAGCUCCAAUCCGGUGGAGGUGGGAGGCGAUCUGGCCGGGGUGGAGGUGAAGCAAAUCAGCACGUAUGGCGACUGCAGCCUGGCCGUGUCCAGAGACGGACAGCUGUUUGGAUGGGGGAACUCUGAAUACCUGCAGCUGGCCUCGGUGACUGAGGCCACACAGAUCAACACUCCUCGACACCUUCCUCUGAAAGGCUGUGGAAAGGUGGUUCAGGCAGCCUGUGGAGGCACACAGGUGGCCGUUCUCAACGAGAGGGGAGAGGUGUUUGUGUGGGGCUAUGGCAUUCUUGGAAAAGGUCCCAAACUGUCCGAAUCGUCCACCCCUGAGAUGAUUCCCCCCACGCUGUUUGGACGCUCAGAGUUCAACCCCUCAGUCGCUGUCAGCAGGAUCAGGUGUGGCCUCAGUCACUUUGCCGCAGUGACAGAUCGAGGCGAGCUCUUCGUCUGGGGGAAGAAUGUGAGAGGUUGUUUGGGCAUCGGCAAGAGAGACGACCAGUACUUCCCGUGGCGUGUGACUGUUCCCGGCCAGGUGGUGGACGUAGCGUGUGGUGUUGACCACAUGGUGGCGCUGGUGAAGUCCCUCCUGUGAGCUCCUCAGGAAGAGGAUAAAAGGCUGGAUGUUUGGCUGAGCCUCCCGCUGACCCCCGGACGCCUCAGGGGGGGCCGAUCGGGGGCCACGCUGGAGUCUCGAAGGCAGCUGCUCUCUGCAGGCGACGGGCCCCUCGAGUGCAACAUCCUGACAGCGACUCAGCUCGCUCUCUCCUGCACGCAGGUCAAUUGUUUUGCUUCAUUACAGCUGAGCUGAAAUGAUGAUGAGUCAGUUAAUCGAUUUUUCAAGCAAAACAAUGAAAACGUGACUGAUUCUGUGGUUGCAGCUGCUCCAAUGUGAGGACUUUUUUUUCUGUUUUAUAUAUAAAUUUGAAUUCAGUAUUUCUGAACUUGCCGGACAAAAUGAGACCUUUGACGACGUCACCCUGAUGCAGUCACUGAGAUGGACAUUUUUCCCACUUCGGUUUCUGUUGCAGCCCUGCCUACAGUCAUUCCCAUCAUAUGGUUUCUACAGUAAUCCCUUGAGUGACUUCAGUGAUUAAACCAAAGACUCCUCCAAUGAGACAUUAGGUGGUGAAUGCUGUAAAACUGCAUGUUUUUGUGAACGACGUGAUUCAGGGUGAGAUCAAUAGACUCUUGUGGUUUGGGAUCAUCUCGGACAAUUCGCCGUGGCUCGCUGCACGACUGCGAAAUGCUCCCCAGUCCUCAAAAAACGUCCACGAGAAACGAUUAUCUCUCUGCCAGCUGCAGAUCGAAGGCGAAGGCCUUCUGUCAGGGAGAAAGCAGCAUCUGAAGAAUCACUUUUUCAACAUGAACCCAUGCAUACGUGUCGGGCCUAUAAAAGCUACCAAAAAACUACAAUCAUGGCAUCCUGACAGCUCGAGUGGGAAUAAAAUAUGAUGAAUGUUUAACCCCCCCAUGCAGGACGAGUUGGUGGGUUGUGCUUCCGGUUUGGUGACCAUUUUAUGUGAUGAACAGAGAGGAUGAAGCCACUUUUCACACAGUCGGGUUGAAUUAAAUACACAGUAUGUGACGUGGAGUAAAUGGCAGACCUAAGAUACUAUGCAUCCUAAUAAAUAUAUUUUUAUUUACCACAUUAGUUGUGUGUUAAUAAAUGCUGAAAUUAUAGCCGUAA